AUGUCGUUGUUCGCAGCUCCAUCGGAGAAAAUCGGUAUGUUUCAGUGAAUAGCUAAAUAUGAAUUUUCAAUUAGACAAAUUCUUUCAGAAGCAGUGAAAGCUGAAACUCCACAAGCAGAAAUUCAAACUUUCAGUACAGAACUUAUAGAUUCAAUCUCAUUAUGUGCUGUUUGCUACAUGGUAAGUUUGAUCUUCCAAUUGAAUACAAUAAAAAUUCACAAUUCUCUAUUCACAGAAGUUCAACGACUCAUCAAAAAUCGCCAAAAUGUUGUAUUGCGGUCACACAUUUUGUAAUCAAUGUUUAUUGCGAGUAAAUGAGUAUGGAAAUGCUCUUCACUUCGAAUGUCCAACAUGUCGUUCAGAAACAAAAUGUAGCAUCGCAAAAAUUCCAGUAAACUACCAUCUAAUGGGUAAGAUAUCUUAAGAUACAAAUAUUUGUUUUUAAAAAAUAAUUUUUCUGUAACCUAAAGGUAAUAUUUUUAGAAGUCCUUCAAAAAAUGGAUAUGCUUUCGAAAGAAAAACCAACAGAAGUAGCACCAAUCGAUAACAAUUCGGUCCAAAAUUCAAGAGAUCAAGAGCAAGAAGAUAGUCAAGAAAAAUUUUUACACGGUAAGUCUCAUUUUUUCGUGAAGAAAAAUCAAGCACAUUUUACAGAGGGAUAUCGUCAAUUACUGAUCCGUGUAAAAGGUGCAAUUAUGUCGAAAUUGGAUGAAUGUAAAGAGGAUGGAAUAUUUGAGAAUGAAGAAAAAUUCAAUAAAGCUGUGAAAAAAUUGAGUUCUGAAAUCGAAUUCGCGAUUGAAGAUGUGGAUAUGGACAAUUCAUCUGAUGAAGAAGAGGAAGAAGAAGAAGAUGAAGAUGAAGAAGAGGACGAGGAAGAAGUGGAACCAAUAGAACUCUCAAGAGCAAAUGCUGAUGGAGCGUCGAUUCUCUUUGCAAGUCAUGAUGAAUGUUCAAUGUCAUCUUCAUCCGAUUCAUCGUCAUCUUCUGAUUCAGAUUCGUUUGUUUCAGCUGAAAGUUCCACUUCAGAAUAA